AGCUGAUCAGCUUUCCUGCUCUCUCUAUAAGGCUGCAGUGUACCAGCAGCACUCAGAGCAAGAAGGGUGCCCAUGAGCUCUAUGUUAUGCUGCAGGCAGCCCUGCUGCUCCCUGCUGAGAUGUGGGGAAGAGCCCCCUGGAGCUACUGAGCUGCUGGGGGCGGGCUGGGCUGGGGCAAGGAUGGGGAGUGAGGGGACUGCAGGCACUGCGUGCUCACCUACUGCACGCUGCUUCCUGUGCCUCCCAGCACAGCCUGUGCUGGGCAACGUGCUCCCAGAAUUCAUCAAGCACGGCCGUGAGAAGAUAGAACAAACCAUCAAGGCAUCCGGCUCCAGGCUCUGCUCAUAUGCUGAACGAGUUGCUAUUUUAAUGGAUCGUUCCCAGACCCCAGACAGCAGUGCCCAGCCUACAACACCAACUGACAACAUCAACCUUGGACCUUCUGCUAACCCAAAUGCCAAGCCAACAGACUUUGACUUCCUGAAGGUUAUUGGCAAAGGUAGCUUUGGAAAAGUUCUCCUGGCCAAACGCAAGUGUGAUGGGACUUUUUAUGCUGUGAAAGUCUUGCAUAAGAAAACCAUCCUAAAGAAAAAAGAGCAAAACCACAUCAUGGCAGAACGCAACGUGCUUCUGAAAAAUGUCAAGCACCCCUUCCUUGUGGGCCUCCAUUACUCCUUCCAGACCUCGGAGAAGCUUUACUUUGUGCUUGAUUAUGUAAAUGGGGGAGAGCUGUUCUUCCACUUGCAAAGAGAGCGUUGUUUCCGUGAACCCCGUGCAAGAUUCUAUGCUGCAGAAGUUGCUAGUGCAAUUGGUUACCUGCAUUCCUUAAACAUCAUCUAUAGGGAUUUAAAACCUGAGAACAUCCUCCUGGAUUGCCAGGGACAUGUGGUGUUGACAGACUUUGGACUCUGCAAGGAAGGAAUGGAGGAAGAGGAGACUACCUCUACGUUUUGUGGCACUCCUGAGUAUUUAGCUCCUGAGGUGCUAAAGAAGCAGCCCUAUGACAGGACAGUAGACUGGUGGUGCCUGGGAGCUGUCCUCUAUGAGAUGCUUUUUGGACUGCCUCCCUUUUAUAGCCGGGAUGUGUCUCAGAUGUAUGACAACAUUCUCCACAAGCAACUCCAGAUCCAAGGAAGCAAGACUGUGGCAGCCUGUGAUAUCCUCCAUGGACUUCUCCACAAGGACCAGAAGAGGAGGCUGGGUGCCAAAUCAGACUUUCUUGAGAUAAAGAACCACGUAUUCUUCAGCCCAAUAAACUGGGAUGACUUGUACCACAAGAGGAUUACCCCUCCGUUCAACCCUAAUGUGGCUGGCCCAGCUGAUCUGCGGCACUUCGACCCAGAGUUCACCCAGGAAGCCAUCUCUGCCUCCAUCACCCACACACCUGAUUUAGCAGCCAGCAGCUCCAGUGCCUCAGAUGCGUUUUUAGGAUUUUCUUAUGCACCAACUGAAGAGGACUUCUAGAUUUUAUAAAGGCUUUGAGAAGCCAGAUUUUAACUGAAUGGAAUUUUAUGUUUGCUGUUAUUGCUGUGGCUUUUCUCGUUUCAGUUUUUGAAAGGAAUGGUAAUGUCAUUUGCUCAUGGUUUAAGGAAACUGGGACUAAUGCACUAACUGGUUGGGAUGGAACAGAGCUCUUAAUUUGUGCUGCUUGGUGGAUUUGCCUCUAAAUGUGUGUUCCUCUAGCAAGGAAAGUGAGACACUGGUAAUAAUUAUCACUGUACUACUUGGUAGGAUUGUGUUCACCGUGGUUGUAUUUAGGACUAGGAUAUACGUACCAUCACUCACAUCACAGCCACGUCUCUGUAACAGGUCAUUUCUAUGGUGUGGAGCUAAUGCUGCCCGGCAUGCCUGACUGCUUUGGCUUCCCUGUAACAAAGGGAAACUCUUCACAGCACAGCGGUGGGAAAAUCAAUGGCUUCUUCCUUUGAAGUAGGAUGCGCUCAUCUGAACGGCCGGGAAAAGGACAAUCUGAUCACAGAAGCAAGGCUGGAUUAAAGCAGGGUAGUUGGGCGAGCCUUCUGCCUAGGGCCAAUAAAAAAGCUCGUAGCUGCACGCGUUCCCCUGCUCCUCCUGUAAACGCUCGUUGGAUUUCGGCACUUCAGAGCAGAACUGGGGAGGUCGAUGGACGCCUCUGAAGAAGCGGAGCUGCCCUGGUGCAAGGAGGGCGGGAACAGCCGCCCCGCGCUGCCGGUCGGUUACUGCUGGCACGGCUGCUGCGCUGCUCCUCAGCAGAAGCCUUCCGGUGCCCGCGUUGCUCUGACGAUGCCUGUCGCGACGUGCACGCGAUAUUUGUUCUGCCUUAAUUUAAAUGCCGGUGUACUGCUUGAGCGCCGCUUUCCCUUUUCUUUCCUCGAGUCCUUUUCUUACCGCUGCUGGGAGGAGGAAAAAGGGGGCGAGCGCUGUUCGCACUGUGGGAAGCUCGUACGGGAACGUUUCUCUUGUAGCACGGUUUCAAUUAAAGCGCGAUACGCCGC